ACACCUCAAGACACUAAUUGUGUGGUAUUAUAUACACUUUCGGCAACAUAGCGUGACAUUAUUCGCAACCAUGGAAUGGCAAAUAAAACAUGUCACUUUGAUUUUAUUGUUUCUCCUCUUGCAAUGCUGUCCUACUGAUGGAAGUCUAAUGUGGACCAAAUUUGCAUCAGUCGCGUUGGACCAUGUUGAAUUGAAGCGAAAUACUACAGACUGCGCGACUUUAACUGGGUUUGUACCAGCUCAGCUGCGUCUUUGUCAAUCAAAACCUUUGCUUAUGAACAGCAUUAGAAAAGGUGUAUUGCUUGCCAUGGAACAAUGUAAGAAGCAGUUGAGUCAACAACGUUGGGAUUGUUCGACCAUCACGGAUAUUCGAGCAUUGAGGGGAUUACUUGCGAUACCAAGCAAAGAAACAGCGUUUGUGCACGCUUUGACGUCGGCGGCUGUUGCGUACUCCAUCACAAAGUCUUGUUCACGUGGGAAAUUUCCAGAUUGCACGUGUUCGAAAAAACCAAGGCCUCAGUUUAGCAACAUGCGGCGACAUUGCGACGAUAAAGUUGAAUACGGAAUUUAUUUUUCUGAACUGUUCGUUGAUGCACCAGGAAGUGGUCAAAAUUUUGUCAACCUACAUAACAGCAAGGCUGGAAGACAGGCUCUUAUGGCGUCGUUAAUAACACGAUGUCGUUGCUACGGUGUGUCACAAGGAUGCGCCAUGCGGUCGUGCUGGAAGGUUCUACCGAAAAUUGAAGACGUUGGCAAGAUAUUAAAGAUGAAAUAUGAGAAAUCCGUGGAGGUCAUCUAUGCCAGAAAGAAGAAAAAACUAAAAAGAAAGGCCAACCGAAAAAUUCCCCUGAAAGUCUCUGAUCUUGUUUAUAUGAAACGAUCCCCUAACUACUGCCAAUCAAAUCCCGGUAUUGGUAUUUCGGGUACGUCUGGUAGAGUAUGUGAUAGAAAUGACACAAACUCUAUGAAUAGCUGUUCUAUCUUGUGUUGUGGACAUGGCUAUAACACACAAAUUGUCCGCGAGAAGAAAUUUUGCAACUGCAGCUUUCACUGGUGUUGUCGUGUGAAAUGUGAAACGUGUGAAGUUGUGUUCGAUAGAUACAUUUGUAAAUAGUACCACAGGAUACAAUAGGGUACAUGGAACUACAAGUAAAUGAUUAUUUUCGUCAAUUCUUGUAAAACACAAAAGCAUUGAAAGUAGUAUUUGUAAUAUUCGAUCCAUGGCUUCGAGGUUUUUAUUGAAAUUUUUUUAUUCAUAUGUAUAAAGUAAAGUUUGAAUAUUUCAAAAUAAAAUAGUAUGAAAAAAUUUAGUAUGUAUUAUUGUGAAAUAGUUCUUGAUGCCUACAAUGCAGUUAUGCAAAUUUAAUGCUUCACAAAAUGUAGAUUGCAAGUUUUUUUUACA